AUGAUUCUCUCGCUUCUCCUGGCGCUCGUCCUUGCAGGCGCCGUCCUUCUCCAUGCGCUGCGAUAUCAGCCCUAUUCCAUCGAUCUGGGACUGUGUCUCCUGCUGGCGGCGCUCUUCUGCCUCGCCGUCACGGCCUACAAGGUCCUAGUCUACCCGUUUCUCGUCUCUCCAUUGCGCCACAUCCCAACUCCAAAGGGACACUGGCUGCUUGGCCAGACGAUCAGGCAGCUCCGCGCCAGCAGCCCCCACGCAGCUGCUGUCGAUUGGAUGCGAGAAUUCCCAUCUGCAGACCUCAUACGGCCCCUCAUGCUCGGGAACCUCGAGGUCGUUCUGGUCUCCAGCCCCAGAGCCCUGAGGGAAGUCUCCCAGGCGCAGUGCUACUCUUUCGUCAAGCCAGGCUUUCUCUUUCGCACAGCUGGGGAGAUCAUUGGCGAGACGGGCGUUUUCUUUGCCGAGGGUGACGCCCAUCGCCAGCAGCGAAAGAGCCUUGCUGGACCCUUCCUGAUGGGAAAUGUCAAAAGGUCAAUGCCGAUCAUGCUGGCCAAGGGAGACCAGCUGGCUGGGUGUAUGGGGGCGCUGCUCUCUGAUUAUGGAGAUGUUAUUGAGGUCACCUCGGUCAUUGCAAAGGCUACCGUAGACCUGAUAGCAAAGGCCGUCCUGGGUUACGAUCUGGACAGCCUCACCCACAGCUCAGAGUUCUACGUCAGGUCCAUGGAAGUCAUGCAUCUUUCGACCACAGACCAGAUCAUGCUAGCUCUCAACAACUUCUUCCCGGCUCGCAAGUGGAUUCCUCUCAAGGCCAACCGUCGCUUCUUACAUGCAAACAACGUCAUCAAGCAGCUGCUCGAAGACCACGUCAAACAGCGCAUCUCCGAGCUCAGUCAGGAGUCAGAUAUCGAUGAGAAGCUCGGUAGCACUGAUACCGAUAUCUUCACCAUGAUCUUACGAGGAUACAUCGAGAGGGGACAACCUUUAUGUCAAGACGUUUUGGUUUCGCAGCUGCGAACUUUGAUGGUGGCAGGACAUGAAUCUACCUCCAACUCAGUUAUCUGGUGCCUGCAUAUGCUUUCUACUCACCCGUCUGUCCAGACCCGUCUGCGCACAGCCAUAUACGCAGCUACCAGCAACGGUUCAUUCACCUACGACUCAAUCCAAUCGAUAGAAUACCUAGAUCACGUCAUUAAAGAAGCUACCCGCAUCCUCCCACCAUUCGUAUCGUUAUUGCGUACCGCCGCACAAGAUGUCGACAUAUGCGGCACCCUCAUACCUGCCGGAACUCUACUAAUGAUGUACCCUGCUGUGUCCCAACUCAACCCGUCCAUCUGGGGUCCAAAUGUAGACGAGUUCGACCCAGAUAGAUGGUAUAACUUGCCCAAGGCAGCCCACGAUCCGUACGUGUACCAAACCUUCCACAGCGGAACGAGAGUAUGUGUAGGCCGAGCCUUUGCUUUGCUCGAGAUUAAAGUGUUCCUUGUCAAGCUUCUGCUUAAGUGGGAGUUCCAUGCGGUCGAUAAGAAGGUUAAGAUGCCCUGGUCUGGGUUCGCAUUGAAGCCUACGAAUGCGCUCAGGCUCAGAGUCACCCCGGCUACCUUGCCAUGA